CCUAGCUCCACCCUCGAUUAUUCAGACUGAUUAUGUGUGUUUGUUGCGCGGAGAAGGGAGUCUGCGAGGAGAGAGAGAGAGGUAGUAACUAGGCUACACAUCUAACGGGGUAAACCUGGACGAAAGAACAGGUUUUUAUUGCACAUUUGAACGGUAACAAAAUAAAAUUGGAUUGUAUAGUAGGGUCGCUUGAAGAAGGGACAUUUCGCUGGGAGUUUUUCAAGCAGUGUGCCUUCUCAACCUUCGUACACAGACUUCUAGUAGUUUGGAAAGGCUAGCCCGCCGGGGAGAGUUUGUUGGUUAGCUCUAGCUGGUUAUUUUGUUGCGCGUUAGGCGCUCCAGUUGUUGUUGCACUAUGGCGCUCAAGGCGAGGGCUUUAUACGAUUUCCAUUCCGAAAACCCCGGUGAGAUAUCAGUGAAAGAAAAUGAAAUAGUGAGUCUGUACAGCGAACAGGACAUUGAAGGAUGGCUAGAAGGAUCCAACAGCAAAGGCGAGAGAGGUCUCUUCCCCGCGUCCUACAUCGAGAUCCUGAAGAACGAUACCGCGUCCACGUUUAACAACGACACAUCUGGAUCCCGAUACGCCAAUAUUCCAACCGGAGGUUUCGGGGACGCCUCCUCUUAUAAAAUCCAGAAUCAAACUGACAACUUGUCCAAAACAUCGGUAACAUCGCCCGGGUUUACAGCGCUCUCACCGCCUGCCCCAGCACAGCAGCAGCAGCAGCAGCAGCACAUUUAUCAAGCCAGCCAGGGCAGCGACGAAGACUGGGAUGAUGACUGGGAUGACAGCUCGACAGUGGCCGACGAACCCGGGGUUGUUGGGGGUAAUUACCAAGGGGACUUUGAUGGCAACGGACCGUCUAAAUACAGAAUGUCAACAUCUACAUCUAAACGUAGUAACGUUCAACAAGCCAAGAGCUCUGCCACGGUCAGUAGAAACCUCAAUAGGUUUUCAACAUUUGUGAAAUCAGGAGGGGAAGCGUUCGUGUUAGGCGAGGCAGCUGGGUUUGUGAAAGAUGGGGAUAAGAUAUGUGUUGUAACGGGACAAUACGGUCCAGAAUGGCAGGAAAACCCGUACCCCUUCGCCUGUACCAUCGACGACCCCACCAAGCAGACCAAGUUCAAAGGGAUGAAGAGUUACAUUGCCUACAAGCUGACGCCCACCCACACACAGACCCAGGUAAACAGAAGGUAUAAACACUUUGACUGGCUCUAUGGCCGGCUGGUGGAGAAGUUCCCUGUCAUCUCGGUGCCCCACAUCCCGGAGAAACAGGCCACGGGGCGGUUUGAAGAGGACUUCAUCUCUAAAAGGAGGAAAGGGUUGAUAUGGUGGAUGAAUCACAUGACCAGCCACCCGGUCCUGUCCAAGUGUGAUGUCUUUCAGCACUUCCUCACCUGCAACAGCACAGAUGAGAAGUCAUGGAAGCAGGGGAAGAGGAAGGCGGAGAAGGAUGAGAUGGUGGGGGCUAACUUCUUCCUCACUAUCUCCACACCCUCCGGACCCCCACUGGACCUGGGCGAGGUCGAGUCCAAGAUCGACGGCUUCAAAGCGUUCACUAAGAAAAUGGACGACAGCGUGGUCCAAGUCAACGCCACCACCAACGAAUUCGCCCGUAAACAGAUCACGGGGUUUAAGAAGGAGUACCAGAAAGUGGGCCAGGCGUUUAAAGUACUGGGCCAGGCGUUUGAGCUGGACCAGCAGGCGUAUUCAGUAGGGUUGAACCAGGCCAUAGCUUACACUGGAGAGGCAUACGAUGCUAUCGGAGACUACUUUGCAGAGCAGCCAAGACAAGAUGUGGACCCUUUAAUGGAUUUGUUACAGCUGUACCAGGGACAUCUGGCCAACUACCCUGACAUCAUCCACGUACAGAAAGGAGCACUGACCAAGGUCAAGGAGUCCCAGAAGCACGUUGAGGAAGGCAAGAUGGACGCUCCCCAGGCGGACGGCGUCAACGAGCGCUGUAACAUCAUCUCCUUCGCCACGCUGGCAGAGAUCCAGCACUUCCACCAGGUCAGGGUGAGGGACUUCAAGGCCCAGAUGCAGCAGUAUCUAACCGAGCAGAUUGGUUUCUUCCAGAAGAUCACAGGAAAGCUGGAGGAGGCCCUGGAGAAGUACGACAACGCUUAGAGCAGAGAGGUUUGAUUGGUCUAAAUCCGAUUGACCACGUUCUGAUUGGUCGAGAUCUCACAUCCGACCCCCCCCUCUUCCCCCGAUUGGUCCAGAUAUGACCCUUGUCCUCCCUCAGUCAGCCAAUCAUUGAAGCCCCAGGUGGACAUUACCUUCAACUGCCAAACAGCAAUACAAACCACUGUGAGAAGACAGACAACACUGAAUAAUCCCUUGAAGACUGGAUGUUGAUUCCAUGUAUGGUGGCUACUGUUUUGAAGGGGCUUGAGUUGACAUUUGGCUGUGUUUUAAUGGGUUUUAAUGCAGUGUUAUUCUUUUCUGGAUCAAAAUGGGGCUUGGGUGGUGGGCGUGGCAGGGGCGUGGCCAUGGGCGUGGCAAAAUGUAUCUGUUUUAAAGCACAUUUCCUGCAAUUCUACACAUUUUGCCAUGUGGCUGAGAGAACAUUUGCAGUUUAAAGCUUAUAUCCUGUAAUUCUACACAUUUUGCCAUGUGGCUUCUGUCUGCUAUCUGAGUGACUGAAACAUUCUAAUGAAACCAAUGGGGGGGGCCACGCCACGCCACGCCACGACAAAUACUCCUGAAUGCAUCAUUUUUAAUUUUAGAUUCUCCCUGACAGUCUCGCUUUUUAUUAUGGUGAUUGUUACUUUUCAAAGAGGCUGUUAUUUAAAAAUAUCUAUCUAUUAGGAUUUUCUACAUACUUUAUAUCUUGUUUUAGUCAUUUUAAGUUUACACUGAAAUGUUUUUCCAUAUUAUAUAUUUUUUUUUUACUUUUUGGACAUAGGCGGUCCGAAAAACCCACUGAUGCAGCGGACAGCCCAAUACUUUUCUACGUAGAGGAAACACUGGGGUGGUUUAGUAGGUGAGCCACUCAGACGCCAGACUACAAAAGCAGAAGGUCAUAAAGCUUCUAAAAAAGCUUGUGUUUUGUGUUGAUCGAUGACAAGGCAAACCUCGGUUGGUUGUAAGUAUUGAUUUAAACGAGCGAUUGGUUUGGUAGGUGUAGUAGUCUAACGAGUGGGCGGAUAUGCUAUUAUCAGAAUCGUGACUUAAGACCGAAAAUCCAAAUAUGUUGUGUAAACUUGUAUCCCUCCUGCUGCUUAUACUAACGACGGUAACAUGGGAAGGUAUUGUGUUCUUUAACCUUGUAGAUCACACUAUGUAGACUAAACCUUUUUAACAGCGUGACCAAGUUUACUAGUUAAGAUAAAGUUCCACAAAGUGACAGUGAUUUGUUCAGAGGGGGAAGUCUCUACCGUAAAGCCAGGCUGUUUAGUGGCUUUAAACAGUUCAAAUGCUAACUUCUGCUUAUAACACUUGAGCUCCUCAUAGUGUGUCCCAAAUGGCACCCUAUUCCCUAUAGUGUGCACUACUUUUGACCAGAGCCCUAUGGAUAGUGCGCUAUAUAGGGUUCCAUUUGGGAAGCCCCAUCUCGAGCAGGAACGUGUUUACACAUACAGACUCCUAGCAGAGCAGACAAUCAGACUUGUGCCUUUUUUAAAUUUUAUUCUCUCUCUACUUUUUUUUUUUUUUUUUUUUUUUUACUUCUAUAAAGGUUUAUGUAAUAUAAAUAUAUUCUCAUAUUUAGUUUUUAAGAGGCUUGUUUGUUGCAAAUAUUAUAGAGAGGUUAUCAAGAACGAACGCGAUGCUUUUGGACGUGGACUUGUGUUUUUGUUUGGAGUUGAGAGAAGAGCCCAACCCGAUGGGCAGCAGAGUCCGUCGGACUGCUUGGAGUGCUGGCCUCGACGAUUCUCCCUUCAGAGACUGAAGUCUCAGCAGAGUCCGUCGGACUGCUUGGAGUGCUGGCCUUGACGAUUCUCCCUUCAGAGACUGAAGUCUGAUUCAGGGGCGUCAAUGUAGAGCACGUGACUGGAUCAUUCUGACUGGGACAAGGCUGAUCGACACAGAGAGGAAGAAAGCGACACAUCGCUCGGUGGGAUAACCUGUUCUGUUCUUACUGUGGGCUUGGAUUCCAUUCAGUGGACAACAUGGGACCAUGAACUUUGCCUGCUUAAAGGUUCAGAGCCUUGGAACGCAAGAGAACAUGUCUCAGACUGAAAUGGACUGGACUGUCGGCUCAGACUGGACUGGACUGUCGGCUCAGACUGGACUGGACUGUCGGCUCAGACUGAAAUGGACUGUCGGCUCAGACUGAAAUGGACUGUCGGCUCAGACUGAAAUGGACUGUCGGCUCAGACUGAAAUGGACUGUCGGCUCAGACUGAAAUGGACUGUCGGCUCAGACUGAAAUGGACUGUCGGCUCAGACUGAAAUGGACUGUCGGCUCAGACUGAAAUGGACUGUCGGCUCAGACUGAAAUGGACUGUCGGCUCAGACUGAAAUGGACUGUCGGCUCAGACUGAAAUGGACUGUCGGCUCAGACUGAAAUGGACUGUCGCCUCAGACUGAAAUGGACUGUCGCCUCAGACUGAAAUGGACUGUCGCCUCAGACUGAAAUGGACUGUCGCCUCAGACUGAAAUGGACUGUCGCCUCAGACUGAAAUGGACUGUCGCCUCAGACUGGACUGUCGCCUCAGACUGGACUGUCGCCUCAGACUGGACUGUCGCCUCAGACUGGACUGUCGCCUCAGACUGGACUGUCGCCUCAGACUGGACUGUCGCCUCAGACUGAAAUGGACUGUCGCCUCAGACUGAAAUGGACUGUCGCCUCAGACUGAAAUGGACUGGACAUGAAAUCAAAAAAAAAUUUAAAGUAAUUUUUUAAAAACUAAAUAUUAUCCUUGCACAAUGUACUUUUUUUAAAAAAAAUUUAAAGAGGUUGAAGGGUGUUAGUCUGUCAGUCAGACUGGUUAAAGGGGAGAGAGAGAUCACACUGUCUGUCAGACUGGUUGAUGGGUAGAGAGAGAGAUCACACUGUCUGUCAGACUGGUUGAUGGGUAGAGAGAGAGAUCACACUGUCUGUCAGACUGGUUGAUGGGUAGAGAGAGAGAUCACACUGUCUGUCAGACUGGUUGAUGGGUAGAGAGAGAGAUCACACUGUCUGUCAGACUGGUUGAUGGGUAGAGAGAGAGAUCACACUGUCUGUCAGACUGGUUGAUGGGUAGAGAGAGAGAUCACACUGUCUGUCAGACUGGUUGAUGGGUAGAGAGAGAGAUCACACUGUCUAUUAGUCAGACUGGUUGAUGGGUAGAGAGAGAGAUCACACUGUCUAUUAGUCAGACUGGUUGAUGGGUAGAGAGAGAGAUCACACUGUCAGUCAGACUGGUUAAAGGGGAGAGAGAGAUCACACUGUCUGUCAGACUGGUUGAUGGGUAGAGAGAGAGAUCACACUGUCUGUCAGACUGGUUGAUGGGUAGAGAGAGAGAUCACACUGUCUGUCAGACUGGUUGAUGGGUAGAGAGAGAGAUCACACUGUCUGUCAGACUGGUUGAUGGGUAGAGCGAGAGAUCACACUGUCUGUCAGACUGGUUGAUGGGUAGAGAGAGAGAUCACACUGUCUAUUAGUCAGACUGGUUGAUGGGUAGAGAGAGAGAUCACACUGUCUAUUAGUCAGACUGGUUGAUGGGUAGAGAGAGAGAUCACACUGUCUAUUAGUCAGACUGGUUGAUGGGUAGAGAGAGAGAUCACACUGUCUGUCAGACUGGUUGAUGGGUGUCAGUCUAACGAUCCUAGUAAAGAUCUGCACACCAGCCAGCCAGCCUGACUCUCCUGUUAUUUUAACUUAUGUGCCAGUUUUUGUGUCGAGUCAGAGACUAAAUAAACUACAUAAACUCC